GGCACCCGAUACAAGGAAAAGUUCCAGGCCUUAAGGGAAAAGUACGACCAGGUCACCACCGCGCAUACAGAGUACGAACGCGCCCUCGCCCGCGCAGACGACAAGCUCAAGCGGCUCCAAGAAGAGUGCAACCUCCUCCUCGACGCGGUUGACAUCGCCGUCCCCGCACAACCUUCCCUCGUCCACUAUCUCAAGUCCGACCCCAUCGCGCCCCCCUACUACUCCUACACCGUCCCCGUACCCCCCGCCGGCGCCGAGGGCCCUCCACCCCCGCGCGAUAUCCCCUUCGGAGGUCCCCCUGCUCCCCCCCAAUCCCCA